ACUUUUUUUACUUUCGAUCUCCAAGCCGUUUCAACUCGAUCACGACAGCCCCAGCACGAUACUCACGAUCUCAUAUUGCGCCAGCCCUACCUUUCAGUUCGAAGACUUUUCAUUCUUUGGAAUUGUCAGUUUUCAAAAUGGCCACCGCUCCAGCUCCCGCUCUCAAUGCUUACCGACACCUUAUGCGCGCGGCGCGAAUCGCUUUCCAAGGCGAUGCCCCUAUCCUCUCUGCCGCUCAGCUUCAGAUCCGCAACGAGUUCCGCCAAAAAGCCUCGGCUGAUGCUGCUGAUGCUUCUGCAGCGAUUAAGCAUGCCGAAGAGGUAGCAAAGGUCCUUCGUCAGAACGUUGUUCAGGGUCAAAGGACAGAGGAGGGCAAGGACACCUUCAAGCUGAGAAUACACGAAGACAUUGAGCGAGGCGAUAACGAGUCCAUCAAGACGGCUGGUAAAGGCACAGUUGGAGGUGGCUGCUGCGGCGGUGGUGGUAAAAAAUGAGAGGAGACUACCUAUUAGUCCCAUUGUACAAUUUGUAACAUUAUCUGACUGUCAUGAUACCCUCCAGGAAUGAAAUGCACCAAAAUGAUCAUCACUCUAGAAUAGUUCUUUGCUUCCCAUCUAUUCCUGUUUCUCAC